AUGAAACUUCUUUUCUUGUUGGGUUUCUUUAUUUUUCUUGAAGCUAAGCUUCAAACUAUCACUAUAAUUGGCAGUUUUUACUGUGAAGUGGAGAAGGAUGGUCCAACCGGUUAUUACGAUUCUGAUUUGAGGGUUUCAGUUGUCGAUCAUGAUUAUCUCAGCAAAGAUGACGUGCUUGCUGAAGGCUAUUUCAAGGAUGGAACCGUCGAAUUGUCCGGUUCAACUGAUGAGCGUUUCGAGAUUGUGCCAAAGAUGUGGGUCGAUCACCGCUGUGGAUGGAACCGAACCGAGCCGGAAGAAUGUUACACGAGAACGGAGUUUUUCAUUGGAAAAGAAUGGAUUGAUAAAAUUUAUUACUUCCGUGUGUUUCUGGAUAUCCCGCUUUCGGAUCCGGAUAAUAUGAUAAGAAAAGAGACAAGAAGAUGCAAUGGUCGGCGUCGAAGCAAACUUCAACCCCAACAAAUUGAUUCUCAGACUUCUGAGGGUCAAAUCCUAUGCACAGUUGAUGGUGGACGAUAUCAUGAUUCCGAUUUGAGAGUCUCCAUUGUGGAUCACGAUUAUUUCAGCAGAGACGAUGUGAUGGCUGAGGGAUUUUUCCCGAAUGGAACCGUUUCCUUGACGGGAACGCUCGAUGAAUAUUUCAAGAUUCAACCGAAGAUCUGGAUCGAUCACCAAUGUGGAAUGGGACGGAAACAACAGGAUUGCUUCACACGAACGGAAUUCUUUAUCGGUGCGGAUGUAAUCAAUAAGAUUUAUGAUUUUGGAAAUCUUUUCUUAGACAAAGGCGAGAAACCCUACAGGAACAAUAAAAUCAAAUGUGAGGGCCGUAGGAAAAACCCGAAGAACUCGCAAAAAUUGCUACAACGUUUCAUGAAUGAUCUCUAUUUACAUCAAGAUCAACAAAUCGAGAAACCAGAGAGAAUUCAA